GCAUUUUCCAAGAUCUAAACGCUUAAAAUGGCCUCUUCUGUAUCCGGCCCCACUCCGCCCGGGCUACCGCCGCUACCGCCCGGACACGGCGAUUACUUCACCGAGACGCAGUGGUCCGUGCUCAUGUCCCUACUGGACGCUACUGUUCCUUCCAUCACAGCAGUCUCAGACAGGAAAGAUGACAAGACACAGCUCGGGAUUACCGAUGCCGAGUUCAAGGAAAUCGUCACCAAGGCACAGGCCAGUGUGGUGAAGAAACCCGCUGUUGAGGAUAUCACAGCUUAUCUGGCCGAAAGGCCGUCCAAUGACCCGGCCUUCUGCCGUGCCGUGCGCCGGGUCCUCGGCAACGUCCCGCCAUCCGCACAAAAGCGGCUCGGAGGCGUCUUAUCCGCUCUCUCGACACGGCCCGGCAGCCUCCUCCUGACAGGCUAUGCCACCCCCAUCCAGGACCAGCCCCUCCACAUCCGAGAAUCCAUCCUCCGGAGCUGGUCCUCCUCAUGGUUCGGUACUCCCCGCACCCUCUACAAAAUCUUCACUGCCAUCGCCAAAGUACUUUGGCUCCAGACGAGCCCUCUCUUUCGCACCGUCACCGGCUACCCGGAUGUGCCAAUAAACUGGAAUCCAGGCCCCACAGAGGACUUUGGAUUUCUGCAAUUCGACACUUCUGUUAGUGAACCCGCCACUGUCGACACCGACGUGGUCAUCAUCGGCUCUGGCUGCGGCGGCGGCGUGUGCGCCAAAGUUCUCGCCGAAGCGGGGCACCGCGUUCUCGUCGUCGACAAGGGGUAUUACUUUAAUCCGGCACAGCUGCCCAUGCCCAUGGAGCAGAGCGGGUUUCAUUUAUUCGAAAACAACGGGCUCGUCAAUAGUGUUGAUGGCUCCAUCAACGCCGUGGCGGGGUCGUGCUGGGGCGGCGGCGGUAGUGUUAACUGGAGCGUUAGCCUGCAGACGCCGGGGUAUGUGAGGAAGGAGUGGUCGGAGCAGCACGGCUUGCCGUUUUUCGAGAGCGCCGAGUUCCAGAACUGCUUGGAUCGCGUGUACGAGUUCAUGGGCGUUGUAAGUGGUGAUAAAGUGAGGACAACUUAUCGGGGGCAGAAGCUGCUGGAAGGGAGCAGGAAGCUGGGUUACGAGGCGCACGUGUGUCCCCAGAAUAACGGCGGGAAGGAACACUGGUGUGGGCAUUGCCCUUUGGGUUGUGGUAGCGCGGAGAAGCAGGGGCCGGCGGUCAGUUGGCUGCCGGCGGCGGCGAAAAAGGGGGCUACCUUCAUGGAAGGUUUUUCGGUGGACAAGAUUUUGUGGGAUGAGUCUUCUUCGUCGUCGUCGUGGUUCGGAUCAGGAGGGAAGAAGAAGGCGGUGGGCGUGGAGGGAACGUGGACUGCGAGGGAUACUAAUGGGGGAGUGAUUGGGGAACGGAAGACAAGAAAGGUCGUUAUCAAGGCGAAGAAGGUCAUUGUUUCUGCUGGAACGCUUAACAGUCCUUUGAUUCUUCACAGGAGCGGGUUGAAUAACCACCAUAUUGGCCGCAACCUCCAUGUCCAUCCCGUUAAAUUCAUCGGCGCUUACUACGAGGAUGAUGUGAAUCCCUGGGAAGGUGGCGUCAUCACCACCAUCUGCACCGCCUUUGAGAACCUCGACGGCCAAGGCCACGGCGUUAAGUUAGAAGACACGUGCAUGCUUCCUCACUCAAUUCUAUCCCAAGUCCCCUGGCGCGGCGCCCUCUCCUGGAAGCUAUCCUGCUUGCGCUACCCACAAUUAAGCGCGUGGCUUUCUCUUUCGCGCGACCGGGACACCGGCCGAGUUUACGCCGACCCGGUGACCGGGAAACUCUGCAUCGAGUACACCAUCUCGUCCUUCGACGCGAGCCUCAAUUUCGAGGGAAUCAUCGCUUUGGCAAAAAUCGCCUAUGUCACGGGUGCGAGCGAGAUUGAUCCUUUCUUGCCGGGGGUGGAACCUUUUGUUCGAUCUUCCCCCGGUACUCCUUCCACCCCAACUGAAGAAGCGAAGGAGGAAGAUUACGAUAAGGGAGUUAAGGACCCUCUAUUUGAGAAGUGGCUGUCCACCCUCCUCCACCAGAGGGAUAACGCACCACUUUGCCCGCCUUAUGUAUCGGCGCACCAAAUGGGCACGUGCAGGAUGAGUAGCAAGCCGGAAAACGGCGUGGUGGAUCCUAAGGGGAAGGUUUGGGGCACCGAGGGGUUGUAUGUAGCGGAUGCCAGCGUGUUUCCGAGUGCGAGUGGAGUGAAUCCAAUGGUUACGAACAUGGCGAUUGCGGAUUGGAUUGCGAAUGGGGUGGCGAGGGAUUUGGGGAAGAAAAUCUGAAAAGAGGAUUUACGAAGGCAGAGGUAUGUAGAGGGUUGUGAGGUGGCAGAUAACCGCGGAGUUGAUGAGUGUGGUGAUCAGUUAUAUGGCUUUCAAGGUGAUGUUAGGGUUGACGGAUAAGUGGUGGUUUGGCAGGAAGUUUUCUUGUCGCAGUUGUGUGUUUUGCUUUUGCUCUAGUGCUCGAAUUUGAUUUUCCCGAGCUUUGCAAUAUUAAUCGUAUGCCAGUAGUU